AUGAAGGUAUCCAAUUCCAACGUCGCGGCCCCCUCGCACGCGGAUGUGAAAGACGGCCCCAACGCCGAGCGCGCCUCCUGCGGGAGGGCGGAGGGCAGCCCCCUCGCCGCCUCCGCGGGGGCGUUUUCGCACCCCUUUUGGAUGAUCUGCCGUGAGCUACCAAAGGCGUAUUGGAACUACGAAGACUUCGAGAUCGAAUUCAACAACGACCUCGAGGCCUACGACGCGCACCAAAAGAUCGGGCAAGGCAAGUACUCGGAGGUCUUUCGCGGGUGGAAUCGCACGACCGGGCGCCCUUGCGUGCUGAAGAUCCUAAAACCGGUGCGGUAUCGAAAAAUUCAGCGGGAGAUUUCAAUUCUGCAGAAUUUAUGCGGCGGCCCGAACGUGGUGCGGCUGCUCGACGUGCUGCAGGAUGCGCGGACGAACACGAUCGUGCUCGUUACCGAGUACGUCGAGAACCCCGUAACGCUGCGAUGGCUGAUGAAUAAGUCGCUGCUGGAGAACUUCGAUCUCCGCUACUACAUGUAUGAGAUCCUGCGCACCCUUGACUUCGCCCACCGCCGGGGGAUCUUCCAUCGCGAUAUCAAACCGCAUAACAUUAUGAUCGAUCACAAGCACCGCAUCCUGCGCGUGAUUGACUGGGGGUUGGCGGAGUACUACCUCCACAACGAGGCCUUGAACUGCGGCGUCGCGACGCGGCAUUACAAGGGUCCGGAGCUGCUGCUCGGAUACCGUCAUUACGACUUCUCGCUCGAUAUUUGGUGUCUUGGGUGCGUCUUUGCCGGGAUUAUUUUCCACGCUGAUCCUUUUUUCGACGGCUACAGCAACGAGGAUCAGCUGCUCCGCAUCGUGGCGGUUUUCGGCACCGACGCGGUUCGCCGCUAUGUGGCGAAGUACAACGCCCAGAUCCCGCGGGCGGUUGUUUCGAACCUGGAAGGCAUGGCGCCCGGGCAUUGCGGGUGGAAACGGUUUGUGAAGUCAUCCGGCUCGAAGCACUGCGAUGACCUCGCACUCAAUUUGUUAGAUAAAAUGCUGCAAUUUGAUCAUCAGGAUCGAAUUAUGGCGCAUGAUGCGAUGACGCACCCGUAUUUCGAACCCGUGCGCAGGGCUUUGGAGAGUAACCCCAAUCAACGGUACCCCUUCGUGCCCGUGUGA